UGUGUUGUAAUGUUUGUGUUGUAACGGAACUAACGCGCGCGGCCCGUGUUUCCGGGGGACUGUUUUCCUGGAGCGCGUGACUGAACCAGUCCAACAUGUCGAGCUCCUACAGAAACAGGAUCCAGGAGUUCAAGGUUUCUUUGAGCGAGCAGAAGCUGGACAUGAAGGCGUUACGCCAGCUGUGCUUCAGCGGGAUCCCGUGUGAAGGAGGCAUUCGCUCUCUAUGCUGGAAGAUCCUGCUGAACUACCUGCCGUCGGAUCAGGCCGUAUGGGACUCUUUCCUGCAGAAGCAGAGGGAUCUGUACGCCCAGUUUCUGAGAGAGAUGAUCAUCCAGCCAGGAAUCGCUAAGGCAAACCUGGGCGUGUCUCGAGAGGACGUGACGCUGGAGGAUCAUCCGCUGAACCCGAACCCCGACAGCCGCUGGAACACCUACUUCAAAGACAACGAGGUUCUGCUGCAGAUCGAUAAAGACGUCAGGCGCUUGUACCCAGACAUGGCGUUCUUCCAGCGUCCCACAGAGUUUCCUUGUCAGCUGAUACUGGAUCCUCAGAAUGAGUACGAGACGCUGCGGCGGCGUGUGGAGCAGACCACGCUCAAGUCCCAGACGGUGGGCCGGAACCGCAGCGGUGUCACUAACGUCAGUUCUCCAGGGAAGGCCUUAAACCUGUAUCCCUCCAACGAGUACGAGGUGCUUCCCAACGGAUGCGAGGCGCACUGGGAAGUGGUGGAGCGGAUCCUCUUCAUCUACGCCAAACUGAACCCGGGCAUCGCGUACGUGCAGGGCAUGAACGAGAUCGUGGGUCCCAUCUACUACACCUUCGCCACCGACCCCAACAGCCAGUGGAAGGAACACGCGGAGGCCGACACCUUCUUCUGCUUCACGAACCUGAUGUCUGAGAACAGAGAUAACUUCAUCAAGAGCCUGGACGACUCGCAGUGCGGCAUCACCUUCAAGAUGGAGAGCGUGUUCUCCAAGCUCAAGGAGAAGGACACCGAGCUCUACAUGAGACUGCAAGAGCAGAACAUCAAGCCUCAGUAUUUCACCUUCCGCUGGCUGACGCUGCUGCUCUCUCAGGAGUUCCUGCUUCCAGAUGUUGUCCGGAUCUGGGAUUCGCUCUUUUCGGAUCAGGAUCGGUUUGAGUUCAUCAUCCCUGUGUGCUGCGCCAUGCUCACACUGAUUCGAGAUCAGUUACUGGCUGGAGACUUUACAACCAACAUGAGAUUACUGCAGGAUUAUCCCAUCUCUGAUGUUCACGCCAUCCUCAUUAAAGCUAAAGAACUGCAGGAAGGCUUGUAGCCACGCCCCCAGGCUCCGCCCCCUCAGGCCACGCCCCUCCGGCGCCGCCCCCAGUCUGAUGACUGACAGCAGUGCCGCCCAUCCGACCCGGGUGGGAUCCAUCGUUUGCCUUUGUGUGAUUGAGCGUUUGGUCUUACCGUCUCUCAGGUAGACGAGUGUGAGAGGAUGUGUGUGUGUGUGUGUGUGUGUGUGUGAGUGACUGUGUUUACUGUUGAGCGCUUAUAAAGACCAACACACUGACACACACACUCACACACACUGCAGACGGGACUCCAGAAACACUCCAGAACACUGAUCUUAAUUAC